AAUUGUAAUAUAUAUCACCCAUCAUGGAGGACAAAGUUAGCAAAGUCACCGGUAAAUAUCAUUCUUUCUCUGUUAAAAGUCACUUUGAUUAAUUAAAGAACAUGAGACUUGCUACAAAUAUGAAGACUGAAGACUUUGAACUUUAUACAGGAUGUUAAUACAUAAUGGACCCCACAGAGGAAGAAGGUCUUGUUAGACAAGUAAAGAAACAAAGUAUAGCAUCACGCCUGACAUCACUGUGUUGUUCAAGAUAUUUUCUCAAGGCUCUGGUUCUAGGUCAGUUUAUUUCCCUGUUGUUGUGUGGAACUGCUGUUAGUACUGGGCUGUUACAACAGCAAGGAGUUAAUAUUCCUACUGCUCAAAGCUUCUUCAAUUAUGUCCUAUUGUGUUUGGUUUUCACAACAAUAUUGUCAUGUCGGAGGGAAGGGAGAUCAAUGUGUGAAAUUUUACGGAAGUGGGGUUGGCGUUACUUCCUGAUAGCCAUUGUAGACGUUGAAGCAAACUAUUUGGUAGUUAAAGCAUAUGCCUAUACCACCGUUACAAGUGUUCAGUUGUUGGAUUGUUUCAGUCUUGUCAGUGUGAUGAUUCUGUCACGUUUAUUUCUACAUGCCAGAUACCGUAUACAGCACCUAGGUGGCGCUGCUGUCUGUCUCCUCGGCAUGGUGGGUUUGGUGCUAACAGAUGUUCUUGUUGGGAAAAAUGAUAAUGCAGCCAGUAAUGUGGCUCUGGGAGAUGUAUUGAUCAUUGUUGGGGCCACAUUAUAUGGUGUGUCUAAUGUGUGUCAAGAGUAUGUAGUGAGAACAUAUGACAAAGUAGAAUUCCUAGCAAUGGUUGGUCUCUUUGGAAGCUUCAUUAAUGGAGCUCAAUUUGCAAUACUUGAAAGAGAUGAAGUUGCUUCCCUUGAUCUCACAUCUUAUAAAAUAGUUGUACCUUUAGUGGUGUUUGUGAUAUGUUUAUUUUUACUGUACUCCACAAUGACGGUGGUCAUCCAGCUCACUAGCGCAACCACUGUCAAUUUGUCAAUACUUUCUGCAGACUUCUAUACACUUCUGUUUGGUCUGUUCCUCUUCAAUUAUAAGUUCCAUGUGUUAUAUUUUGUUUCAUUUGCUGUGAUAAUUAUUGGACUGGCAAUAUAUUCCACAACACCAACCAGUCCAGCACUUCAGACAGGAGAAAAUGAUUCCAAAACCAGUCCAGAAUUUCCAGAACAAGAGAUUAACUAUAAAACCAGUUCAGAACUUCCUGUUGGGACAAGUAAAUCUGCAACCAGUCUAGAAAAUACUGUGAGACAGGAAAGUAAUUUGGACUCUAUUAAUACAGACACAGGCCAAAAUGAGGACAGUGUCAGUAAAACGAUCUGAAUUUUUUCGUCUACUCAACUGUUUCUAUAUUAUGAUUAUUAUUUUAUAUAUUUUGUGUACAAUGCUGUAGAUUUACGUAAUUUAUUUAAAAUUGAGAAAUUGUUUUACAUUUUAAUUACACUGUGAAAUCAUUAAUAUUCAUGAGCAACUAAUUUUAUGGAUUUCCUGGUUUAGUUAAUGCCAAUGAAGAAAUAAAAUCCCCAUUCAUUUUAGUUUUAAAAUUUUUGUGUAUUUAUAUCCCACAAAAUGGCCAUUUUUGCCAAAAGCACAUAUUUGAUGCUUGCGAUAUUGAAUGAUGCCUUAGUAAUUGAUAAGAAAAUGAAAACAAAGUUUUUUUAGGAAGUCAAGGCAGCAAUGAAAACACUUGCACCAAAAAAAUACCAACUUACAUGGUAUUUAUGUAUGAUUUGGAUAAUACAUAUAUAUAUAAUAUGUACAUUCUUUAACUUCUUAAAAUGCUGAUAAUUUUAAUCAUCAAAAGAGCUGCUGCUUUAGAAGUGAAUAUGUUCCAAAAAAAAAAGCUCUAAACUUGCAUUUUAGAAAAAACUAUUACAUGUUUCAUAUAAAAUUAUCUUUACAUUUUAAGUUAUUUUGCAAAGUUUUAUUAAUUUUUUUAAUAUUGUGUAAGUGCUGAUAAAUCUAUACUGUGAUCAAGUGAUACAUGUUCUUCUCUUGUUUGUUUUUAUAAAUGAUUUUAUAAAUUAAAGAGAUAUAACAGCAAUGACA